GUGACCUUAACUCUGAUUUGAAGAAAUGCAAAACCACACUGUCUCACAAGAGGAAAAUAGCCCUCAAAAGAGGCCCCAUCUGACAAAUUUACUCUCAAUACCCUGGGGUUAUGAGAACCACCAAACAGCAUUAAAGAUGUACAGUAAUCACUUAACACAGCAGCUGCUCUCUUCCCUUUGUCUAAUAGUUAUGCUUAGCAUGGUGAUAUUGGAGGAGUAGCGACUGGAGACAAUCUGCUGCACUCUGAUACUUCGGCAAGACAAAUCACUAACAUCUAGCAGCAAGAAAAGGCGUGUUCUUCAUGACAAAAUGACAGCAAGAGAACACAGCCCCCGCCAUGGUGCAAAAUCCCGCACUGUGCAACGGGCCUCCACUAUUGACAUUGCCUCUGACAUGCUAGGUCUGUCUCUGGCAGGAAACAUCCAGGAUCCAGAUGAGCCAAUUUUAGAAUUCAGCUUAGUUUGCAGUGAGUUGCUCACACCAUCGCUAGAUCGAAAACCAAAUACUUUUGUCGCAGUAAGUGUCACUACACCUCCUCAGGCAUUCUGGACAAAGCAUGCACAGACAGAGAUUAUUGAGGGAACAAAUAAUCCUAUCUUUCUAAGCAGUAUUGCCUUUUUUCAAGACUCUCUUAUCAAUCAAAUGACUCAAAUCAAACUUUCUGUGUACGACGUCAAAGAUAGAUCUCAGGGAACAAUGUAUUUAUUGGGUUCUGGAAUGUUCACUGUAAAGGAAUUACUUCAGGAGAAGAACCAUAGAUUGCAUUUAACACUAAGGUCUGCUGAAAGUGAUCGUGUAGGUAACAUCACAGUUAUAGGAUGGCAAAUGGAAGAAAAAACGGACCAAAAGCCUCCUGUAACAAGGUCUCCUGACACCAUUAAUGGGAGGACUGUACUGCCAGUUGAUGAAAGUUUAACAGAAUCUUUAGGAAUCAGAUCCAAAUAUGCUUCGUUACGGAAAGAUGUGUUACUAAAAUCCGUGUUUGGUGGUGCCAUUUGUCGGAUGUAUCGUUUCCCCACAACUGAUGGGAACCACCUGAGAAUUUUGGAGCAGAUGGCUGAGAGUGUACUGUCACUGAACAUCCCCAGACAGUUUGUGAAGCUGCUUCUUGAAGAAGAUGCAGCCAGGGUUUGUGAACUAGAAGAGCUGGGAGAGCUGUCUCCCUGUUGGGAGAGCCUUCGUCGACAAAUAGUUACUCAGUACCAAACAAUUAUACUGACUUAUCAGGAAAACCUAACUGACUUGCAUCAAUACAAAGGCCCUUCGUUUAAAGCAAGUAGCUUGAAAGCUGAUAAAAAAUUGGAAUUCGUGCCCACAAAUUUACACAUACAAAGAAUGAGAGUCCAGGAUGAUGCAGGAUCAGAUCAGAAUUAUGACAUAGUAACCAUAGGAGCACCCGCAGCUCACUGUCAAGGCUUUAAAUCGGGGGGUCUACGGAAAAAGCUGCAUAAAUUUGAAGAGGCAAAGAAACACAGUUAUGAGGAAUGUUGCACUUCAACAAGCUCCCAGUCUAUAAUAUACAUACCACAGGACAUUAUUAGAGCAAAGGAGAUUAUUGCACAAAUCAACACCCUGAAAACUCAAGUCAGUUACUAUGCCGAAAGGCUCUCAAGAGCUGCCAAGGAUAGAUCAGCUAAUGGCCUUGAAAGAUCACUUGCCAUUUUGGCAGAUAAGACACGGCAGCUUGUCACUGUCUGUGAUUGCAAGUUAUUGGCAAAUUCAAUACAUGGAUUAAAUGCUGCAAGGCCAGAUUAUAUAGCCUCAAAGGCAUCUCCAACCGCUGGAGAGGGGGAACAAGUGAUGCUAAGGAAUGAUCAAGACACUCUUGUGGCAAGAUGGACAGGAAGAAAUAGCCGAUCUUCUCUGCAGGUGGAUUGGCAUGAAGAGGAAUGGGAAAAAGUUUGGUUGAAUGUUGACAAAAGUCUGGAGUGCAUUAUUCAGAGAGUGGACAAACUUCUCCAGAAAGAGCGUUUGCACAGUGAUAGCUGUGAAGAUGUUUUCCAGUGUGACAUCAGCUGUACUAGUAAGAAAGGUAAUCGGGAUACUCGUGCCUACUGGAUAAAUCCAGAAGGCUUAGAUGAGACCUCAUCCUCACCACCAUCAUCCUCACCACCAUCUUCAACCAUAUCAUCCUCUGCAUGCCAUUCUCACAGAAACACAAAUUGCAGCCCCCCUCCUGAAGAGUCCAGCCCAGGUGAAUGGAGUGAGGCUCUUUACCCCUUGCUGACAACGCUCACAGACUGUGUAGCCAUGAUGAGUGACAAAGCAAAGAAAGCUAUGGUCUUUUUGUUAAUGCAAGAUAGCGCUCCUACAAUAGCUCUGUGCCUGAGCCUUCAAUAUCGCAGGGAUGUUGUCUUCUGCCAAACUCUGACAGCUCUUAUUUGCGGUUUCAUUAUCAAACUGAGGAACUGCCUGAAUGAUGAUGGAUUCCUAAGGCAGCUCUACACCAUUGGUCUGCUGGCGCAGUUUGAAAGCCUUUUGAGCACAUAUGGUGAAGAGCUGGCAAUGCUGGAGGACAUGAAUUUGGGAAUAAUGGAUUUGAGAAAUGUAACCUUUAAAGUAACUCAGGCCACAUCAAAUGCAUCUGCUGACAUGCUGCCAGUCAUUACAGGAAAUCGUGAUGGAUUUAAUGUGAGGAUUCCUUUGCCAAGCGCCUUGUUUGAUUCGUUGCCCCGGGAGAUUCAGAGCGGCAUGCUACUGAGAGUUCAGCCUGUUCUUUUCAACGUGGGAAUCAAUGAGCAGCAAACCCUAGCAGAGAGGUUUGGAGACACCUCGUUACAAGAAAUAAUUAAUAUGGAGAGUUUAGUUCGGUUGAAUUCCUAUUUUGAGCAGUUCAAGGAAGUUUUGCCUGAUGAUUGCCUACCUCGAUCUCGUAGUCAGACGUGCCUGCCUGAACUGUUAAGGUUUCUGGGACAGAAUGUACAUGCAAGAAAAAAUAAGAAUGUUGAUAUUCUUUGGCAAGCUGCUGAGAUAUGCCGGAGACUAAACGGUGUUCGAUUUACAAGUUGUAAAAGUGCCAAGGACAGGACAGCCAUGUCAGUGACCCUAGAGCAAUGUUUGAUCCUGCAGCAUGAACAUGGAAUGGCUCCUCAGGUCUUCACCCAGGCACUGGAGUGCAUGAGGAGCAUUGGAACACGGGAGGUAGUCACCCAGAAGAACUUGAGUGGCUUGGUGCCCAUCCGAGAUUUCGGGCUAGACCCCAGCCUCCUCUACUCUUUUCCUUUACUAGCUCUGAGCCCCAAUUUACUGAUUGUGUGGCUGUUUCUGAGCGUAGCAUACCUGGUGGCCCGAUUACGUUGCAAAUGAAGACAAGCUUAAAAAAAAACAAAAAUAGAUAAAAGUGCUUAAAUAUGUAUUGCCACCUGAUACCUGCUGGACAAAGGAAUGUGUCAUAGCAAUGUCUGCCAAGAAUUAUUAUUAUGCCUUACAAUUUUACGUUUAUAUUGUACUAAACUGUAAAUAUACAUCAAAUUAUUUUAUCAAGAGGAAUUGUAUUGAAAGUUUAAACCACUGUUAUGCUUUCAGUGCUUGUAACAUAGUCUGAAGUUGGCUGUUACCUCGUUACUUUAGCUGGCCUGAAGAUCAGUUUCUCUUACCAAAUAUUUCUCUUACAUUCAGAUCUAAGAGUCUCUCUCAUAUAUACAGUUUUGUGUUACUUGUUUCAUGUAUUCCAGAGAAAGGAACUCUGUCUGAAAGAAUUUGUAUCUUUUUGUAUAAUCUUUAAGUGUAUGCUAACCUUGCCUUUCAUUUUUAUGAGAUAUGAAGAGAAAAAUUUAAAAUAAAUAGGUGGGGUUUAUAACAGAUGUAACUAGAUAAACAAAUCUGACACUUUCUACUUCCAUUUCAAAGCAUAAUCGCUAAAUUACAGUAGUAAACAGUUUCCAGAACCCAUAGUCUUGUUCCUUUCUCGUUUAAAUCUAUUUCAAUAGCAUAUACUGUACCCGCUCAAAAAAAAACCCCUUGAAUUGCAGUGUACUGCAUGCAAUAUUAUUCCAUUAUGUUUACAGGUAUACAUUUUUGUAGCCUAUUUAAGUGAAUGACUCUCAGAAAAGGAGAGUAUGUAGUAAAAAUAGACUGAUAGUGAUUCAUUGUCCAUUUAUUCCUCCUUGGGAAAAGAUGCUCCAUUUUUAAAUAAUAAAAAAGAGAAUUCUGAAUCAGGAUAAUAACUUAUAAAUUAAUUAUGUUGACAUUUUAAUAUACCAGACAAGAAAAGAGGUAUAUUAGUUAGCUCCCUUAGCAUGGUUACACUGAACUACAAAGCCAAAGCAUUUGGGUUUUGUGCAGUGACAAUAGACAAAAUAUUAUUGUUAUUUCUAUUCUUUAAUAUUUGCUAUGUGCACAGAUAUUAUGGUUAUGGGAGCCACAUAAGGACCUAGGUAGGUAAAUAGAUGACAGUGAGUUAAUAUGUAAUUUCUAUCAUUAUUAUAAUUAGCUCAAAUAGGCAAAUAGCAGCAUUCAGAAAGCCUAGAUAGCUGUAACUGUUAUAUUCAUUUUGUUGUUUUUUAGAAGCAUUUCUGACCAGUAAUAAUGCAAGAUGAAAAAGCAGCUAUGUAAUUUUGAGGUUAGAAUAGACUCUUAAAUUCAGGAAAUGUUUAAUUUCCUGUUAUAAAUAAAUCAGAAAGUACAUGGCUA